AGCUUUGUAGGUAAAAAGGUACACUAUGAAGUCUUACAAAUGUUUCAUGUUAAAAACUAAAUGCAGUCCUACACUGCGUGUAAACAACUUGUGGGUGUUGUUCAGUAAUACAAACAUCUGUAGAUAAACAGGUGCCUUGCGUCACAGCUGUUAUUACAGACCGUAUUGUGUAUUUCUCAGUCAUACAGAACUGAAUGAUUGAAUCCACAGUAUGCUGGCUAUGGUUUUGUUUGAAGCUGGAUGGUGAUAAUGGAUCAGUUCGAUGGCAGUGUGCUUCUCUCACCACUAGAGCUUGCACGUGGUCAAAAACUAUAGCAUCCACGUACCUGCAUACAUGCGCUUUUUCAUACGACAGCUCCUUGAACAUCUGAACAAAGAGAUACAUGCGACCCACUCGAAUGCUGUGGCCUGUAACGAGGCUUCGAGUCGUAGAUGAACCCGUGAAGGAUGCGCUCCCCAGUGUCGCAGUGAUGGCUGGAGUGUCUAAGGGCACUGACUCACGCUUCUGAGCAGAUGUCUGGACCGGUACCGACACCGGGACCCCUCCUCUGGACACACAGAUGGCAGGUCGUGUAGAAGGAAGCUGGAGGUGUUCGCGCUCUGGAGAAAAUUGGAGGAGAUGCUCAUGGAGACACGCGUCUGGAGGGAUGCGCGGCACCGAACUCUCAUCUUUAGGAAUAUUGCUGCUUUUAAUACACAGUGCGCAGCCUUACGAGGAUGACAUAAGUCAUGAGUCAUCUGGCUCAGCGGUGUCAUUUCUGGAUGUGGCCACCUCACCAUCCUUUCUUAUAAAGGAUGAGACUCCUUUGUCUGCAGUCCACUCAAAUUCCACAGGCUCGUCGAAGGGUAACAGAGAACAACCAGCUUUCUCCUCUAUACUCACUUUGCUGGCCGGGACGGACCAAAGGCUUCCGAAAGAUCAGCUACCAAAAGUGUCUCCCGAGAAUCCUGUCAUAAGUAAUAAUGAAACACAUCAAUGGCUUUCAAACAGAUCUUUGGAGAGAAUUGAGUCAUCAUUUACCCUUCCAUCAUCUUCUGAACUGGCCAGCAACCAUUCCUCUAUCUCAGGUUUGUUUCCCAGCAUGCAGUUUGCAGAUUUUUUGACCACUUUUUUCAAGCUCAACCCAAAGUCUGCUCUUAGUUUACCCACUGUCCCACCGCCAGCUUUUUUGUUUGUUCCCAUCAUCCCAUGCAUCAUGGGAAUAUACAUGUAG